AUGGCUCUUGGCAAGUAUGGAUCUUGGGGAAUAUGCUACACCUACGGGACAUGGUUCGGGAUAACAGGGCUAGUCGCAGGUGGUAAGACAUACGAAAACAGCUUAUCUGUAAGAAAAGCUUGCGAUUUUCUGCUAUCCAAACAGCUCCCCUGUGGUGGCUGGGGAGAAAGUUAUCUUUCAAGCCAAGACAAGGUAUACACAAACAUUGCGAAAGACAAGUCGCACAAUGUAAACACGGGAUGGGCUAUGCUGGCGCUUAUUGAAGCUGGACAAGGAAGUCGGGAUCCGGGCCCACUGCACCGUGCUGCUAAAGUGCUGAUUAAUUCCCAAACAGAGAACGGCGGUUUCCCACAACAGGAAAUUAUCAGCACGUUCGUCAGCAUAAACAGUUUGAUAAGUUGCACCGCUUACAGAAACAUUUUCCCCAUAUGGGCACUUGGAGCUUACCUCAACAAGGUCUUGAAAGCGUGA